GGGCCGAUGCUCUUUUUCGUUCGCUUGGUUUCCGGGUUACGAGAGUAAGCGACUCUCGUUCUGGCCCUCGUCGUUCUUCUAUUCGCCCGUGCUUUUGGCUAGGGUUUCUUCGGAGCAGAAGCGGCCGUUCUCGAUCGAAGAGAGGGCAUGGCUUUUCCAUUUACACCUUCAAAGCGACCUUUUGAACGUAGCCUUAUAGAACCGAAUGGCAGGGGCAAGUUACAAAAGAUCACAUCUUCCAUCACACAGCAGAAUCAGUUGAAAGUAGUAUCUGGGGCUAUUAUAUUCCGGAUGCUUUGCCCUGCUUCCAAAUCUGGAAGUGUGAUUGGUAAAGGUGGCAGCAUUAUAGCAAGGAUACGCCAGGAGACUGGUGCAAAGAUUAGACUUGAAGAAAUUGUUCCUGGAUGUGAUGAGAGGGUAGUUGUUAUAACUGGUUCAGAAAAAGAUGCAGAAGUUGGUAAAGAGCAAGGUAAGGAAGGUGAUGAAGAUGCAGAAGCUGCUGAUGGUGGUGAUGAUACCAAGGAAGGUGCAGCUAAUGAUGAAAGGAAAGAGGAAAUUGAUGCCAUAGAGGACGUGAAAUUAGAGAAGACAUCUCCGGCGCUUAAGGCUCUCCUGCUUGUUUUUGAGAGGACAAUUGAAGGUGAAGUAGAGAGUGAUGGUGGCGAUGAAUCGAGCAACAAGUAUUCUUCCGUUACUGUGAGAUUACUUGUUCUUUCUAGCCAAGUUGGUUGUCUUCUCGGGAAGGGUGGAAGUGUAAUCAAGCAAAUGUCAGCUGAAAGUGGGGCCCAGAUCAGAAUACUUCCAAGAGACAAACUUCCUCUGUGUGCUUCGCCAAAUGACGAAAUUGUCCAGAUCACAGGAGCUGUUGAUUCAGUGAGGAAAGCGCUCCAAUCUGUUUCUCAGCAGCUGCUAGAGAAUCCACCUCGUGAUCGUGAUUCAUUUCCUGCAACUGUUCCUUCUGGGCCAUCAUCUCAUUCAUUUUCUUCUAUUCCUCAGCCAGAAGGUCUUCCACCAGCAAGCUAUCAUCGUCCGAUUCAGGGACCAUCUUUUUCCAGUAGACCAUAUGAUAUUGCUGAUUAUCAUUCAAGCAUUGCUCCCCCUUUUUCUAAAUUCCAUGGAGGGGCUGCUGUGGCGGGCCAGCCUCCAGUUUCUCUAGAGCUACUAACUUAUAGGUUGAUGUGUUCCAAUGACAAAGUUGGAAGUGUGAUUGGAAAAGGAGGGAGCAUUAUUAAGACUCUUCAACACGAAACAGGCUGCGAAAUCAAAAUUCUUGAGACUGAACCUGAAUCAGAUGAUCGCAUCAUAGUCAUAUCGGGUCCUGCGCUCCCAAAUGAUAGAAUUUCGCCAGUGCAAGAUGCUGUCCUUCGUGUGCAGCACAGGAUCGUGAUGGCUGUGCCUGAUAAUAAAGAGAAUGCUCUUUUAUCUAGGCUUCUUGUUGCUUCAAACCAGACUGGUUGUCUUCUUGGCAAAGGUGGUGCCAUAAUAGCAGAAAUGAGGAAGCUCUCUGGAGCUCACAUUCGUAUAUUGGGUAAAGAUCAGAUCCCAAAAGGUGUGCCAGAAAAUGAUGAAGUCGUUCAGAUAAAUGGUGAAUUUGGAGCAGUUCAGGAAGCUUUGCUGCAGAUUACUACUAGACUGAAGCAUCAUAUUUUCCGUGAUAAAUUACCUCCUGGUGGUUAUCCUACUUUUGUUGAGCAAAUACCUCCGUUUGGUCCAUACAUGGGAAGGAGGGAAUCUUCACCCCCCAGGUUGUUUUCCAAUUUGCCUUCAUUUCCGAAAGAUUCUGUUGGUCGACCCUAUGAUGAAAGAUCUGCAUUUCCUCCUGCAUUUUAUGGUUCGGGUCUUCCUCCUAGUCUUGAAAGAGGUGCACCAUGGGGACCACAGGGUAUGAGGGAGAGUGGUGGUCCCAUUCCUAUGCCUGAUUACCGAGGAGGAGCCCCACAAAGAAGAAUUGGUGGAUUUGCUGGUGGAAGUCAGCCAGCUGUUAUUACGAACACAACUGUAGAUGUUGUUGUUCCUCGAUCUCUUGUACCUUCCAUAUAUGGGGAGGAUGGUGGCUGUCUAAGACGAAUUCGUGAGAUUUCAGAUGCAAAAAUUACCAUUACUGAACCUAGACCUGAAGCAAAAGAGACUGUGAUUAUAAUAUCUGGAAUGCCCGAGCAGACUCAUGCUGCCCAGAGUCUUCUCCAAGCCUUUGUACUCAGUGAAUCAGGUGCACCUUGAUUUGCCAACUGCAGAAGGUGAUCUCUUAUCCUUCUCACAUAACAGUUCAUAUACUUUCCAAGCUUCACAUAGGGACUAGGAAGCUCACCAGGUUGCAGACUGAAUAUUUUCUAUGUGUCCUCCAUGUGAGUGGAGCUCUUCUGCCCCAUUAAUUUUUGGUUGAUAAUAUUCACAAGCGUUAUCUACUAUACCAGAAACUGAUAUCUAACUUAGAUGCUUUUUGUCUUGCCUUAAUGAUAUGAUCGACUUGCUAAAUUUAAGCGAUUCACAAGUAAGGAACUUGGUCGAUUGUAUAAAUCAAAAGCUUUGGUUCGCUAUGGGGUGGUUUGGCUUGUGUAAUAGUGUUUUUAUCUACUUGCGAUGUCAAGCUUUGGUGCCACUUGAGGUUCUUCAGUUCUAUUAUGCUGACCAUUUUUGAGGAGGAAGAAAAAGAACUCUGGUGAUCUUGCUGAUUCUUAGAAAGAUCUGAACAUCUCAUACUUAGCUAGCUAGAGUUGGCUUUGCAAACUUAUGGGAGUUUUUUGAAUUGAUAACCCUUGGCAAUCUCGGGAACACAUUACUGCCUUGAUGAUUUUAGGAUAUCAAGGGGCUCUCUGUUACUUAAGCAGGAGAAUUAAGUGUCAUAAAUAUGCCGGAUUUACGUUACCUAGGUAAAUCGCAGAGUUCUCCUGAUUUUACACAUCCACUUGUCAACAUCAUCAUGUCUCUUAUGCUCAUUUUGUAGUGCCUUGACAAUCAUCAAACAUUUCAAACUGGCUUUACUAGAUCUUAGGUACUGAGCCAUUCUAUAUGAGACUCCAAUGUUCCCCAAGAUUACUGGAGUAAUAUUAGCUUUUGGAAAUGUAUAGAUUCAUAAUCCAUUUAUCACAGCAAAUCCAGUACAUUCCAGUUAUUCUAUACAGUUAUAUAAUAAGAGGAACCACCCUGAAAGUCCUUGGUUUGGUUCAGCUUUAACUUUUAGUUACUAGGAAAUUUCACUGAAGAUUAAUAACUUGAACUUAGUUCUGAUUGUAGAAUAUAAUAGUUAAUAUCCCUAUGAAUUGUCAGGAGGGCCUCACCACAUGCUUUGGCUUGUUUUCCUGCUAACUGUUAAUCUGUGAUGAGCACUCAUUUUACUGAGAACCCAAAAUCUGAACAUUAUGUAGGUGACAGAACUUUCAUCUCAUAGAUAUUUUUCAAAGAAUGGUACAAUUAUUAAGCAUUUGGACAUUGUUAAUACAUUUGCAUGAAAUAAACCAAUAGAUUGACAUGAGAUUAUGGGGCUAUUUACCUUGCUUUAGGAUCUUUUAAUCAUUUCUUCAAUUCUACUUUGAAUUGCUUUUCUGUCAAGGGUAUUUUUUCUGUAGUUUUCCAUGUUGCGGUUGUAUCCUUAUCAGUGCUGCCGUGUCGUUAUCCAGAAGUCCUUGUUCUUUGUUAUCCAGAAGUCCUUGUUCUUUUAUGCGACGUUUCUUAUGUGGCAGAUAGUAACUCUGGUAUUCUGUGAUAGCAUUGAAGGUGUAUUCCCCAGGUUUGUUCUGCAUGAAAUUUGCUCUAGAGUACUGAUAAGUAGUCAAUUUUCUUAUUUGGAGUAACAUAAGCUAAGCUAUGAUUCAUAUUCACAAUCCAAGAAAUUGCAUGACAAUUUUUAGGUUUAUUAUAUUUACGUUGUUAGAUUAUUGCAUUGCUAUUUAUGAAUCUACUUGGAAAAUAAUUGAGCAUCAACAUCAACAAGGACUUUUUAGACAUGAAGGGUGGUAGGCCUAACUUCAAGUUCAUGUCGCAUUUAAACUUUACCUCAAUUUUAACCUUUACUUCCAUUAGAACUAUUACCAAGUGUUAACUUGGUGUUUACAUGCGACAUCUGAACUCAAACAUGUUUACAAUCUUUAGGUUUAUUAUCUUUAUGUUGUUAGAUUAUUGCAUUGCUAUUUAUUAAUCAACUCUCAGAAAAUAAUUGAGCACGAACAUCGACAAGGACUUGUUAAACAUUAAGGGUGGUGGGUGUAACUUCAAGUUCACGUCACAUUUAACCUUUACUUCCAUUAGAACUAUGACCAAGUGUUAACUGGGGGGACGAGCUUUUUGUUUACAUGCAUCUGAACUCAAACAUGUUUACUUGAGUUUGCAUGCAACAUCUGAAGUCCAACGUGUUUUCUUCUUUUUCUUCUUCUUCUCUUUUUUUUAUUUAUUUGGGUCCACUUCUUCUUCUUCUUCUUCUUUUUCUUUUUCUUCUCUCUCUGGUUUGGGUCCACAUCUUAUGCACACAUAAGUCAUUCUAUUGAUGGUCUUAUACACCACCAGGCAAUAAUUUGUAGGCCCCAGCUUUAGAUCCUUAUGCUAUCUUUACCUAGAUAAAUACUAUGGGUGUGUCCACAUCUUAUGCACACAUAAAUCGUUCCAUUGAUGGUCUUAUAUACUACCGGGCAAUAAUUUGUAGGCUCUGGCUUUAGAUCCUUAUGAUCUUUACCUAGAUAGAUACUGUGGAUGUGUUUAGCGUUGCCUUAAAAGAAGUGCUUUUAUGGCUUUUAAAGCAAAAAAACACUAUCUAAAGAAUAAAAAAAAAUGCUUUUAGGAGAAGCUAGAACAUGUACCUUCUGGCCUCUCCUUAUCUUUUUAUAAAGAUGAAGCAACACCAAGCACACUCUACAUUGUUCUUUAUGUAGAGCUUAACAUCCUAUUCUCUGCACCAUGAGUUUAAAACCAUGCAGCAUUCAUUGCCAAAUUAUUAUGUUAACUACAAUAUAGGGUGUAUAGAUGAAUAGUGUUACCUUGUUAUUAAUAUUUAAUUUAUAUUGUUUGUUUCUCCCAAAGGUUUGAAAAUAGAGGGUGCAUUUAUUAGUCAUAGUACGUGCAAAUUGCAAUAUAGGGCAUAGUUAUGACUCAUAAUUGUAAUGAUUAAAUCAUGUUUUCUUGAGAGAGAGAAGAAACGAGAUCCAUCCACAUUGAUUACCCAGGUACAGACUUUUGAGGAUGCACCAUCCAAGAAUUCAACAUUGAAUCUCUGGUUACAAAUCAGAAGGGUGUGACUGCUGGUGUAAGCCUCAGUUAGUGAAGAUGAACUACCUUAUUGCUCAAGGGUUUUGUUAAAGUCAUGUGAAGUGAAUCACGACCUACAUGGUACAAUAUUCGGAUCCUUCCAACUUGGACCAAUCCAAACUAUGAUCAAUGUUCACCAUGUUAUUCGUAGUUUCGUACGUACUGCAAAUAUGAAUAGUUCAUCACAUGGUAUGCCUUGAUGCUUCAAAAAAUCUUGGUUACUCUUGAUUUAACUUAUCAUUGCUGUUGAACUUUCAUCUUAAUUUUCAUGGAUGUUUAUGUCCUCCAUUGGUUUUUUAGCCUGACGUUUUUCUUGAAUUAUACCGAGGUAAAUAAUGUUCAUUAUUUUUGAUAAAUCCUUCUACCUUUGGAUUGGGAAGUUGUAAUUAGUUGACCGAGAACUUUGAUGGGCAACAGUGGUGAUGAUAGAAUCUCAUCUUGUAAAGGGAGAACACAAUGGAUACAUAAAAAUAAGGGAGGAGACAUAGAAGGAAGGAGCAAAAGGGAGGAAAGCCGAAACAGGUAGAGAAGGGGGGAUGAUGGGAGAAAAUAAUCAGUUGAAAGAAGUGAGAGUAGGAAAAUGGUAAAUGGAGCAUUGAUUCUGAAAUCGUAGAAACACUUUUUCCUUCAAAAAUACAACUAAAAUUAGUAUGUGCUUCCAUUAACUCCCUUGUUGGACAAUCUCAGGUGAAAUACCUAAAACACCUCUGACAUUUAUUGAUCAGUUGGCAAUGAUGCUUAACAUAACCCUUUACCACCUCAUAGAAGUUCUGGCCUAGAAAUAUAGGCGAGUUCUGUAGAACCACAACCAUGCUCCCAAAUCUUAAUUGUGUUAUGGUGGAGUUUGGAGUUCCAAUUAGUAUAUUUGAGUAUAGUGUUGAUAUUUUUCGUAUACUUUGGAACACCUGUUGUUUCUUCAAAACAUGAACUCUAUUUCUUUUUUAUUCUCUUCUCCCCUCAUGGGCACUUCAACUUUGUUACAUCGCUUGGUUGAAUAUGGAAGAAUGCAACUCUUUGCUCCUCUUCACAAGCAAGGCUGUUCCCCUUUUUGAAGAAUAUCAAGUUUUAACAAUCAAAUUAUAGUAAUUGUGAAACUCUUCUCUUUGUAACGUAUGAUAUUAUAUGAUGCCAAGUUGCAAACAAUUGAGCGGUGUUAGCUGAUUGGUUCGUUGAUCAUUUGAAGAGGAAGAUUAUGAAGGGGAUAAAAAAGAAUGAUAGAGGAGAAUUUUAUGAAAUCCACCGCAGAAGAAUUUAGAUCAUCAACAUUACUCGGUACUUGUUAAUUCAGUUGGACCCAUAUAUAAAGAUACGUAACCCAGCGACAGUUUAAAAAUUAUGUUUGCUAGUCUGAAAGGACUUUCAACUCGGCGAUGAUGUCACUGAGACUUCUCAACACUAUUAGACUCAAGAAACAAUUCCUUGAUGAACCUUAACACCAUAACAAUAUAAAAUAUGUAUUUUCUUAAUAUCUGAACUUCCCCCUUGGACUGUACAAACAAUUAGAGGACCUUUAGUAUUCUCAGAAAUUCAUCCGUAAUCAAUAUAUGUUUAAGAAAAACUCAAAACUGUUCUUCCACUAUACUAGACCUUGACCGUAAAUUUGAUGUAAGAAAACUACAGGGAAAAAGAAAUUUACAUAACUGAAUUUUAUGCUAUUUGCUUGGGGCUUUUAGUUACCGACAUUUAAAAAAGAAAUUUAAAGCUUUCUCCACAUUUGAAUGUGGAUAGCAACCACUGUGUCAUGGACAUAUUAUGCUGUAUUUUUGAUGAUAAUGCCCGUGAAUCUAUAUAGUUUUGUUUGUACCAUUCUGAUAGACUGCAUCAGCAUGGUACGAACCUUUGAAAACCACUAGUAAUAAUGGUUGUGAUAGUUUUGUGAUCCAAUGACCCAUGUUUACCUUUUGAAGAACACUUCUACCCUUCACACAUUUUUUCAUUCAUCUGGGAAAGUUAGUCAUACUUAGAUGAAAAUAUUAAUUUCUUAUUCAAUUCUUAACCAUUGCUGCAGGGAGACUCUUCUGUAUUGUUUUCAAUUCUUAUUGUCUUCAUAUUAGAUUGCACCUUAAAGGGAUGGUUUGGUUAUAGGUGUGCACUGAAAGACCAUGGCAUUGUGGUUAUUUCAUGCAUCUCCAUUUGAAUCUUCUAGGCGCGAGGGUUUUUCAUGCACGUGAACUUAGUCUCUUUAUUUUGGUAUUAUGUUCAUUGGAUUGAUUGUUGAAGGCCUUUGUUAUAUUGUUCAUUGAUUUUUUUGGCCAUCUAGCUUUUGACUGUUAUUCAUCGGAUCUUUAGUAGUUCUUCAUGGUCUUACAUGCUUGUCUUAUAUGCCGAAAAGAAAGAUUUAUGGAGGAAGAUGAAGUGAUCUAAUUGCUUAAUGUUAUCAUAAUGCAUGGUUCGAACUUAAAGGUGAAGACUAAGCGGAAUAGGAGGAGGAGGAGAGUAGGGAGUAAAGCAAAUAUACAUGCAGUCCACUUCACUAUUAAAACUAACUCAUAAUGCCUUCAUAAUUUGCCAGUCUACAGGGGUUUCUAAUUAAGUGCACGCCAAAAAUGUACUUAUGUUGCUAUAUGUAAACUUAUACAUAUGAUUAUGUGAUUAGUCUCUUUAACCUGGACGAUGAACAAAUAUUAUAAAAUUUAUGCUUUCUAACAUUCAUCUAAAAGUUAACACCAAUUAUAUGUAGGAAUUUCUUUUAUACAUUAUUCCUCCAAUUAUCGUGCAUUAUUUUCAACUGUCAACUUAACUGCAUCGAUUUGGCCAGUAUAAACUUUUUAACAUUUGCCUAAAAGUUAAUGACGGUAAUGGAUUAUAAUUUCUUUUCAACCAACUUUAAAAGUUAUGGUUUACAUUAUUUUCACCUGUUAUUGGCAUUCACUAGUUUUGGCAGGUGAAGUUUUGUUACUGUUUUUUUGGACUAGUCUGUUGUGCAAAUUUGAAAUCAUGUUGUGCUGCUGGUUAGGAGAAUGUUAGAUGAUUUCAGAUUUUGGCAGUUGGUAUAUUUCCUCUAUUUGGAUAUUUGUGAGAUGUUAGUGGGCCCUAUGGGGGAUCUGGCCUUUGUGACGAUGGUUCAUUUUAAAAUCUUGCUGUGUUUGGUUCGUGAAAACAAAUUUCUGAUCUGAGAGCCAAUCUGCCCAAAUGUGAUGAAGAUUGCAUCUAUGUAUAUGUAUUUUGUGCAAUUAGGAGUUAGAUAAGUAAAUUCUUUUCUUCUCUGUUGCUUUGCUUUUCUUUUGUUUUUGGUCAGCAUCUUCUGAUUUUCAUGCCCUUGCAGCCGAUUCUAGUCCUCUAAAUAUUUGCCACUUCCAAAUAAAAUUCCUGCUGGCUACAUGUAUUUCCUCUUUGAUGCUUGAAUCCAGUCAUAUUGGUCUGAAAGAUGUUUGAUUCAUAUUUUGCUGGUUCCAUUUAUGAAAAAUUGUAGGCUUAUGUCAAUGCAGUCAAUACUUGGCCUCUAAAUAUUUGCAACUUCUGAAUAAAAUUUCUACUGGCUACACGUGUUUCCACUUUGAUGCUCCAAUUCGAGUCAUAUAUUGGUCUGAAACAUGUAUCAUUCAUAUUUGCACUGCUCGGAUUCCUCUGAUUGCUUAUAUGCUCUGUAACAAUUAACGUGGUAAGUUGGUUGAGUGUUUUUGAGAGCCUCUUGCCUCAAGAUUUUUUUUUCUGGAGAUAUUUGGUUUACUACUGAUUCCUUUUUACAUUCUUCAGAAUUGUCAGCCCUGAGUUUAUAAUUAUGCUAGCUAGGCUUUUUAUGGUUCUAAUACCAGCAUGAUGAUUUUUUCCCUGCAAAUCUUCUCUCAGAAAAUAUGCUGAGACGUCCCUGGCACUAUAUCCAACUGGGAAUAUUUCUCAACUUUUUGCAUCUUUAUUCAACAAAUGCCCCUAUCCUUAAACCCUUGUUCUUGGAAGUAAGUCUACACGAGAAUGCCUAGAUUUAUUUAAAUGAGGAUUGGAUUUAGGACCCAGCUAUUUUCAUCAUGAGUUUAUGGGAAAGGAGAAAAAAGCUACGUUUCACAUUGAGACAAGUUGAGGACAUUGAAACCUUCUUAGACUAUGACCCCUAGCAGUAUUCUACUUGAUUGAUUUUAUAAAUUUAUCUUUUGCACAAAAUUUGCUAUAUUGGUUGGUACCGUAUUAUACCGAACUGGUACCAAAUCGGUAUGCUGUCUUCUAUCUUAUUGACACUUGGUAUGCCUUGCUUUCUUGCACUGUACCAUAUACCAACAUUAUAUACCAACAUUAUAUCCAGUAUGGGUUCGGUAUCAAGAUGUUGAACUUUGAUUCUAUAUAUCACAAAUUAGCAUUAUUAUAAAAAGCAGUAAAACUAUUAUGUAUU